GCUCCGUGCACCACCAUGCGGGACGAGGAACCCCCCCUGCCGCCCGCCUCGCCGUCGCCCGCACGCCCCGCGCCCUCGCGCCUUCGUCGCACUCUACACACGCUACGAACGCCGUUCCGGCCUGGUUCGCCCUUCCACAUCGGCUUGAUCAAGCGCACAGGCUCCUCCAAAUCCGUUGCCUCAGACGGUGAGAUCGGCCGCGACGAACGCACGAUGCGUAAGCGAAAUAAGAAAAACCGCGACGCGGCUAGCGACGCGUCACGCAGCACCGACAGCUCGCCCAGCGUCGACAAGAAGAAAAAGGAGGGAAACACCUUCAUGCGCCGGAUGGGGAGCUUUGGUAAGAAGCGUGCUAGUGACUCACCACAACCACCCUCGGAAACUAAACCUUCAUCGGCAGAACCAACUACAUCAGAGUCUACCGCAACAAAGUCAACCACAACGGAACCAAUCACAACAGAGGUAACCAAAGCAGAGCCAUCUGCAGUAGACACAACCGCAACGGAUACAACCACGACAGAGCAAUCCCAUAUAACAUCCCCUGACUCAGAACUACCAACCCCUGUUCCGGUGAGUCCUAUUGCUGUAGAACACCCUGUUGCGACGAGACCAUUUUCCAAGUCGGCAUGGAAGCGCAACAGCGAGCCGGAAAUGGAAAAGCCUGUGGAGGACCCUAGCCCGGAGAAUGCACUACGCAGACGAAUUGCAUUCGUAGCUCAAGCGUCGGCUUGCCUUUCGGAGGACCACGAUGACGGAGAGAGGGGAGGCACCGAGGUGGGGUCGCUGGAAGAGGCGGUGGCGCUGGCGCGCGAGCGGCUGUCCGUGCCCGCGCCGCCCUCGCCGACACAGUCGCGCGACGACGACACGGAAGAGGAGGGGUACUCGGACGCGAUGCCCGCGUACGGAGACCUCAUCGAGCCCGACGGCAACGCUGGGAGCGACGGCGCACCGGUGAGUGUGGUGUGUUGUGAGCGGCGCGUGCGCGGCCGCGGCGCGCUCAGUGGCCGAAGGGUCUCCGAGCGAUGCGCGCGCGCCAUGACCUUCGAGGAGGCGGGUGACGACUCCUACCUCACAGUGUGCGAGUGCUGCGGCUUCAGCGCUGAGACGGCCGUGUUGUUCCCAUCACACGCGUCACCCAGCGCAGAGCGUAGGGAGCACCUAUACAAGAUCCUGGUGAUCGGAGAGCUGGGGACCGGGAAGACGUCCAUCAUCAAGCGAUAUGUGCACCAGUUCUUCAGCCAACACUACAGAGCCACCAUCGGCGUGGACUUCGCGCUUAAAGUCCUCAAUUGGGAUGCGAACACUAUCAUCCGUUUGCAGUUAUGGGAUAUCGCAGGUCAAGAGCGGUUCGGCAACAUGACCCGUGUGUACUACAAGGAGGCUGUGGGCGCGUUCAUAGUCUUCGACGUGUCCAGGGUUGCGACCUUCGACGCUGUGGUCAAAUGGAAGAACGACCUGGACGCCAAAGUCCAACUACCUGACGGAUCGCCCAUACCUUGCAUAUUGUUGGCAAAUAAGUGCGACCAACAAAAGGAAGGCAUAGUAAACUCUCAAGCCAAAAUGGAAGAAUACUGUCGCGAGAAAGGAUUCGCCGGUUGGUUUGAAACGUCGGCCAAAGAAAAUAUCAAUAUUGAAGAGGCAGCCAGGUCAUUAGUUAAUAAGAUUCUAUUAAACGACAAACUACUCCAGAGCAACGACAACAGAGAUGGUGACAAAUUCGCGCUUGACCACAAGAUUGCCAACGGCGAGAACAGUCGGGAUGGAAGCUCCAAGUCCUGCUCGUGCUGACCUAUCACCGACCGCGAUUCGUAAAAUGGCCAAUCACAACGCGUCACACAAACGCUCCCCAACCCGAGGACCAAUCACGUUGCAUUCUAAAUUUUAAACUCUCUAUUUUUAAUAAAAUAUGCACUUUUUGUUUGAUUGACGUUAUUGAAAAAUAAUGUAGGAUUUAUAAUAAGAAUUCGAUUUGUUUUUUAAGUUAUAAUCUCAAAUGCAAUAUAAUCUGUUAUUUGACUCGACUAGACUUGCCGCCAAUUUUCUCUUAUUUUUUCUUUUAACUAAGAACUAAUCUUUAUGUUUCCGUUCAAUCCUUUAAGGAUUCGUCUUCCUUCUAAGCUUUUUUACAAACUGAUUCUGUAUAUUUUAACAAUUAGUUUUUAUUUUUUGGAUAGGCCGCCAUAUCUCGUUUUUACGAGGUUGAUCAAAUGCCUAUGAUCGAAUUUAUUUUAUUAAGUCUGUAUUUUGACUAAGAAAGCUAUAUCUAUAGAGUCACUCGUGCCAUUUGGCUGAAGUCAUAAAUAUUAUGGUUUAUCAAGAAACGUGGAGGGAGGAAUGAGAAUAUUAACAGUUUAAAUAUUAUUAUGUUUCAUAUAAUAUUGACAUUUUGACUAUUGUUUGAGAAAAUUCUAAAUCUAUGAAACUGUGAGGUAUUCUCGUUCGUGCCUGCGUUAAGGUUAUUGUAAUAAGUAUUAUCUACUUAUUGUAUGAAAGUGUGAGAGUUGUUACUGUAAAAUAAAAUGUUUAGUGAUGGA